GCGUUUAAAUUCUAACCCAAACCCAACAAACUUAACGUCUAUUAGCGUACCUUUAUACGUUCAAUGUUAUUUAUAAAAUAUAUGAACAAUUGAGUAGGCAGUAGGAUCCAAGCAACGGUUUGGUGUUACCAAGUUCGUCGUAUAUAUUCCGGUUACCGUUCUUGUAACUAUUAUUGCAUUAUAUUCAACGAAAAAGAGUCAUUAACAUAAUUUAAAAAAUGGCACAAGAAGUGGAAGAAACUAUGAAACGUAUUCAAUCUCAUAAAGGAGUAGUUGGAACAAUUGUUGUCAAUGCAGAAGGUAUUCCAAUCAAAUCUACAUUGGAUAACACUACAACAGUUCAGUAUGCAGGUUUGAUUAGCCAACUGUCUGAUAAAGCACGAUCUGUUGUUCGAGAUCUGGAUCCGACAAACGAUCUUACUUUCUUACGUAUUCGUAGUAAGAAACAUGAAAUAAUGGUUGCACCAGAUAAAGAGUUCAUACUUAUAGUAAUACAGAAUCCAGUCGAUUGAUAUCAAAACAAAAAGAUAACAUAUAUAAAAAUAUAUGCUUUAUUAUUUGUUGAUAAAUUAUUUUAUGUAGCACAUUCCAUUUUAACAUUAAGUAUUCAAUAUUACCAUUAUAGGAAAAGUAACGUUUGAUUUUUAUUUCUCAGUAUAGCUUUUGAGAAUGUGCUUUAUAAUUGCUUCUAAAUUGCUGCGUUCGAAAAUAACUAAAAGGAAAUAUUAAUUAUUAAUGGAGAAUUUCAGUUGCCACAGUUUUCUAAAUCAAAAAUUUGUCAUUUAGUAUAAAUAGUACCAUUAAAAAAUUCAUGUGUUAUAUUAUUCAUAUUGUUGU